CCCCGCCCCCGCGCGCGGUGGGGCCGCGGCGCUGCGGAGGGAGAAUGGCUGCGCUGAGGGACUGCAAGGCCUGGGAGGAUGCUGGACUUGCCCUGUCCACAACGAGCAAUGAAGCCUGUAAGCUCUUCGAUGCUGUGCUGACGCAGUAUGCCACUUGGACCAAUAAUGAGAACCUUGGAGGUAUUGAGGGAUGUCUCUCCAAGUUAAAAKCAGCCGAUCCAAACUUUACAAUGGGACACGUCAUUGCCAAUGGCUUGGAGCUGAUUGGCACUGGAAGGACCGURCGACUCGACGAGGAGCUGGACAGUGCCAUGAGAGCCAUGGUGGCACUUUCCAAGUCACAACCACUGACUGAGCGGGAGAGGCUUCACGUGUCAGCCUUGGACGUGUUUGCCAAGGGCCAACUUCCAAAAGCUUGUGWUCUAUGGGAGCAGAUUCUGCAGAGCCACCCAACUGACCUGCUGGCCCUCAAAUUUUCCCAUGACACUUAUUUCUACCUGGGAUAUCAACGUCAGAUGCGAGAUUCUGUUGCCCGUGUUUAUCCUUUCUGGACACCUGAUGUUCCACUGAGCAGCUACGUGAAGGGCUAUUACUCCUUUGGACUGGUGGAAACAAACCUGUAUGACCGUGCUGAGAAGGUUGCCCAUGAGGCUUUGGCUAUAAAUCAGACAGAUGCAUGGUCURUCCACACUAUAGCUCACGUGAAUGAAAUGAAAGCAGAGGUGGAGAAAGGCUUAAAAUUUAUGAAGGAAACAGAAAAGAACUGGAAGAACAGUGAUAUGCUUGCUUGCCAUAAUUACUGGCACUGGGCUUUAUACUAUAUUGAAAAGGGGGAAUAUGAAGCUGCUUUGACAAUUUAUGACAAGCAUAUUGCUCCCCCGUGCCUGGCAAGUGGAAACAUUCUGGAUAUAGUUGAUAACAGUUCAAUGCUGUACAGGCUCCAUCUGGAAGGUGUAAAGCUUGGGAACAGAUGGAAGGAUCUCCUUGGGGUUACGAAGAAGCACACCAAGGAUCACAUUCUUCUGUUCAAUGAUGUGCACUACUUGAUGUCCUUCCUUGGAGCCAAAGACCACAAAACUACUGAGGAGCUUUUAACGACGCUGCAGGAACUUGCCAGAKUACCUUCUGAAGACCACCAGCUUUGCCUGGCUCCUGGUUUGGGGCUGCCACUGUGCCAGGCUUUUGUAGAGUUUGAAAAUGGGAAUUGUGACAAAGCUGUGGACCUGCUGUACCCAAUCCGUUAUGAACUAGUCCGAGUGGGAGGCAGUGAUGCUCAGAGAGAUGUUUUCAACCUGUUAUUGAUUCAUGCUGCUUUAAAUUCUAAAUCAAAGGCCAAACGGAACCUUGCAAGGUGYCUCCUGAAUGAACGGGAUGCUGUGAGACCAAAGGCACCAAUGACUGAGCGACUCAUCAGGAGGGCAGCAGCAGUGCAUUCCMUGGUGUAGAGCUUCCCUCCAGCUCCAGCUGCGACAGCCAGGGGCUUUCCACAAAGUYUGGGUGCAGGGAGUGCAGGGGUGCUGUGAAGGAAUUCAGGGAGGUGCCCUGGGUUCAGAGAUCAGACAACAAUUUCCUUAAAAAAAAAGACAGAGCUGUUGCAUUUCUUGGAUGAUUCCWCCAGGAAAGAAGAGAACCUGCUGCUAAUGCACAGCUUUCUGAAGCAUCCCAAAGGUGCUGCUGCUCCAGGAUGUUUUCCUGACCAUUUGCUCUGUCCCUGAUUAUUCACAGUGCAGUGACAGUGUCUGGAUUUCAGUCCUUUGGCCCAGUUUGUUGUUUGGCCUACAUGUGAAAGGUAAACUGCUCAGGWAAUUCAGAGGGAGCUUUUAAAUUAAUAGGAGGGUGUGGGGCCGCAGCCAAUACAGGCAUGAACUGAAWUCCACAUGGAGCUUCCAGCCCAUUCAGACAGCAGUCACAGAUCUGAAUGCAUUCAGGAUCUCUUUCCAGGUGUACUUUUAAACUCUCUCUCAUAAAAUGUUGUAUUUUUCUUUUCAAUGUAGCAUGGCAGAGGUUUCAGGAAUUACUGAGUAAAUGAAACCAGACAAGAACCUGACAAGAAUAGGGACUAUUCUAACAUGGGUACUCMCUCAGCACUUUUAAAUCUUUCAGAAAAAAAAGGUAAAGCCUGGGUUUCAGCUAAACAGUACCAUCUCUGAAGGGAACAKUGGCCUGGUCUUUGUGCUUCCCUGAGCUUUUGGGAAGUGAGGCCUUACUGUUAGUCCAGAGUCCCUAGGUGUUGGCAAAGCAGGGUUUAAAGCAGUGUUGGAGCACACACUUCAGAGAGGGAAAGCCCAGGACAGAGCUUCUGCUGUGGGAAGAGGACAGGGAGACACAGGGACAGCUCUGUCCCAGUGCACGUGAUGGGACAAACUUUGGUGCUGCAAGUCAGGCACGAUGUGAGCCCUGGGUCUUUAGAGAGCUCUGGUGCCUCUGGAUCCCUGCAGCAUCCCAGAGCAAACAGAUUGUCUUGGAACAGUAUUCCAGAAAUCCCUAAUGAUGGGAAAGAUUGUAUUUCAGACCAAAACUGAACUCAUGCCACCUCUUGCUCCUGAACAGAAAUCCCUCCCAGUCCUCCUUGGAGGUAGAAAUAGCUAAUUUUUAAAGCAACAAUAAUGAAACAAGCUAAGGGAUUGAAUUCCUUGCCAUCAGGUGUUCUGAUUUAUGUGUGUUGUUCUUCAGCUUCAUCACUGCUUGUCUGUCUAGCCCUGGUGGAGGGUGACUCAGAAGUCCCACUGGAAUUUUACCAUUAYUUUUGAUAAGUGUACUUCAAGCAAKGACUUCCRACAGGUAACAUUUACUCAAGGAAUAUAACAACUUGUCUAAGGGAACAAAAGCCUGAGCAAGCAGGGUGUAGUUCACAUUAUCAAUGAAAGCACUACUUUUGAUAGAAAAUGAUUGACAAUUUUGUCUGCUUUGCCUUAAUAAAUUGAAAGAUGAKCUUAGCUGAGCAAGCAAAUAUGUGACCUCUUUGCAUGUGUGAAGGUUUUAAAUGUUAUUAAGGCUAAUUUCAUAGCCCUGUAAUAGUGUGCACCCGCUUUGGUCCCAUCCCUGAGGCCAGAAUUCUGCAGAAGAGUCACAGCCCCAGCAUGGCACGGCCACCCAGGGUGUUCCUUGGUGCCAGUUUGGAAGAGGCUGAGGUGCCACGAGGUGGGAGCACCGUUGUUUCUUAUCCAUUCUUCAUUCAGAGCCUGCGUUUUCCAGCUUUCCUCCCCCUCCAGUUCAGCAAUCCACACUGCAGCUCUCACCCCCAUGCACCCCUCGGAUGGAAAGGCCAUGGAGCAGCUCUGCAGUUCUGUCACUGCUGUGUCCUCACUCAGCUGUGGGAUUUGGACUGAUCCUAAGCUCUCAGCAUCUCCCUGGCACCCUCCCCACAUGGGACUGCCUUGUGCCUGCAGGAGUGGGGGCUCUACAAGUGCCUGAUUCUCAUUCUUUAAGGGUUAAUUACUCACCUCUAUUAUUAAAGGACAUCCUUAAAACGUGUCAAUAUCUCACUACUUYGAGAUACUAAAACCAGUUCUGCCACUACUUUUUUCACCUUUUAGGACCUCAGCAACUGGUUAGAACAGCUGUUUAAUUACAUGAAAUCCAACCAAACUACCCCACCACUUUAAUAUGAAACAUAUCCCAGUUAGGAAGUUAAUUUGCAGAAUUUCAGUCUCCUUGAAUCACACUAUUCUCUCAUAGUACUCAGCUAUGCACCUMCCCCACUGGCAGUCCAUGUCUGGCCAGUUCCCUGGUUUGGAAAUACAGAAGAGAGACACGGAGCACAGGCAGGGGCUGCUUCAGUCUGUUUAGUCUUGCCAUGACUGUACAAAUUACACACUAACA